AUCUUGCAGCAGUAUGCACUGUUAUUGUUCAAGAUGGAUUCCGCUUAGACCCUGUCAGAGGCGUCUGCUCCGUUAUCCGGACUUUGCUUGAGGAGCCAUAUAUUCUGACCAACUGACCAGUACAAAGACAACUGGACACGCUGACCCCCUGUUGUUUGGCGGGACGGCGAGUAACCUAGCAAACAAAGUCAAAUAGCUUUAUACUGGGGUGAUAGACGCCCGGAAACUGAUUGGUGCGGAGUUAAUAUUGUUGUGAAUCCAGAGAGGUGUUUUAAGCUCCUGGAAAUCAAUGGAAGUGUAAAAUAAACACAUAAGAUUAUCCCUGUGACAUGAUGAAGUCCAGAAGCUGUCUGGUAGUGUCACUUUUGCUUACCCUGUGUGACGUCAUUGGUUUGGAAGCAGUCCCACCAGCAGACGACGAUGACCCUGGGUUUGAAGACAUAUUUAAGACCAACACGAAGUCCUACGAGAAUUUCCAUGUACAGUUUAACCAACCUUUACCAAAAUGGCUUCGUGGAAUAUUGGUCAGAAAUGGUGCUGGGAAACUGGAAAUGGGCAGUAGGAAAUACCUGAACUAUUUUGACGGGUAUGCAAAACUUCACAGUUGGACGUUUACUGGAAACGGAUCGGCCUUUUUUUCCGCGGAAAUGCUAAUGUCGAAAUCCUUCUUGUCUUCUGAGAGGAAAAAUGACAUUGAACCUUAUCUAACGUUCGGGGGUGUCAAUCCUCCCUUCGAUGUAGCUGAAAAAUUUGCUUGGAUGUAUUUCAAAAUGAAUAACAUGAACGUUAAUGUUUUCAAGUAUGCCAACAGAACGGUCGCCAUCAACGACUUGUGGGUUUCCUACGAGUUCGAUCUUCAAACAUUGAAUACUAUAGGAUUUAGGAAUCCACCAGUUCCUCCGUCAAAGUUUUGGAAUAUUGGCAAAGAAGUUGACAUGUCUUCUGCUCAUCCAGUUCCGGAGUAUGGGACGUCGUCAAGGUUUGAAAUUAUCACAACAUUGAGUUUUAUUCCCGGAACCAAAGGUCGGUUAGGCGUGGUCCGGAUAACGUCCCUAGAUACCACAGAGAUGGUGGCUGAGUGGGAGACGGAGAAAAGUCACUACAUGCAUUCGUUCUCUGUCACACCAAACUAUGUCAUCCUGUUCGCCGCUCCGUACACCGUCAGCAUUACGAAAAUGCUGGAGACCUGUUCAGUAGAGGGUGGAAUGGUUUGGGAUGGGAACGCCAACACCACCAUAUAUAUUGUGGAGAUCAAGACAGGAACGCUACACACACUACAGACGGAGAACGUCUUCGUUACUCAUCAUAUAAAUGCUUUUGAACUGCCAGACGGUAGAAUCGUGUUGGAUCUUCCGACACAGAAAAAUCCUUUCGCUUUUAAUUAUUUCGACUUUUCAUAUAUUUUUAAUAAAACUGCUCGGAUGAAUAUUAUAUCAAUGCCCAUCCUCAAACGAUAUACCAUUGAUAUUCACAAAAAAUCUGUGUUGAAAAAGACAUUCAAGAAUGGACCUAAAGCUCCCUGCGCAGGCGCACUUGAAUUGCCGGUGAUUAACGAGAACUACCGCCACUUGAACUACUGUUACAUCUACGGUCAUGUGAUAAACUAUAACGGGAAGGGUUUCAGUCACAUGGCUCUGGUCAAAAAGGAUGUGUGGGACGAAGCCGGGGACCUGAUGUAUGCCGCACCCCACCAGCACUUUACAGAGCCUUGGUUCGUCCCCAACCCCUUGGGCAAGGAGGAGGAUGACGGCGUGCUUAUGACGUCAGCUUUUGACGGUGAUAUGAAGCAGAGCUACCUUGCCAUACUAGACCCUAAAACAAUGACAUUGACAAAUCGCGCCAAAAUGCCUACAACUGUCCCAUUUAACUUUCACGGCCGGUUCUUUAACAUCCCUUGAAGUAAUGUUUGUACAUAUAAGUGCAUCAGAAGCGCGCUUAUUAGUUGUCGAUAAGUGUUUUCCAUUGUUAUAUCUUAAGGCAGACGUAAAUAUUCUAUGUGGGGUGGUUUUGGUUCAAUAUAGCAGUCAAUGUCAGUAUGCUUGAUAUGUUUUUCUUUGGCAAAUGCCUCCAUAUAUUAUGAAGUUCCACAGCUCCUGAAACAUCCACAGAGAUCUUUAAGGUUCUGCAAUCCUGAAAGAAAAGAGUUGCAGAAGAAACAAGAAUUGCUAAUUUGUUUUCAUAUUGCAUGGCAAAAUCGCUUUGCAUUCUUUUUACAUUAAAUUGGCAUCAAGACUUAAUUAAGUUUUCAUAUUUGUUAGAUAUUUGGCUUUAAUAUAUGACUUAAUAUCUUAUGUUUUAUCUGUCGAUUUUGUCCGAUGAUUCGGUCUGCUUUGUCUGUUGAUUUUGUCUCUCAUCUCCUGGAUUACACCUUAGUUUUGGGUUUGUUUGAAAUUAUGACAAUCAUGUAAAUAUUUCUGUGAUAAACAUUUUGUCUUAUUUAGCCUUAUAUGUGGUGCUAUUUAUAGGCUUUUAACUCAUGCACCCUGGAAUUUCAUAAUGAACUAUUUCAACCUAUGAAUUGGACGAUUUCAAAUGUGUCCGUAGGGAUGAAAGAGUAAUUGUAAUACUCACGGGAGUCCUUCAGACGUCCGUAUCGUCAAUAUUUCAUCACGGCCAAGAGAUUAUAAACUGUAGAAUGUAGUGAUGCGUGUUAAUAGCACCAUUUGUGUUACUUGCGACUUGCCCAUUUAAAAAGACAUACAUUGCAAAGAGCCUGAGAUGCAGUGAUUCUGACACGUCUGGUUAGCUGUCCAGGAAGUGUGGGCUUUGGGGUAGCAUAUUGGACAUUAUAUGGGACAGAUAUAUUUCCUUUCACGCGUGUUACAAUGUGUGAUGUUUUACUGCUAGAAGUGAUCAAGCAGUCUGCCAACAAAACAGGUACAGCACAGUUGAUAAACCGUAGGAUGUCAAACCGGAAGAUGUCAAGGCACCUAGCUAAUGGCAUUUCUCGCGAUAAUGCUCGCGCCAACAAUGAACUUCCGAUGGGAAAUACCAAAAUAGACAUUAGAGCACGCCAGGCAGAGACAUCUCAAAACAUUCUUGGAGUAACUCCUUUGUUAAAAAAAAAGAGGUAAUGAGAAGAAUUGGUGGAGCAGUGGAGGAAUUAUUAUUUAUUAUUAUCAAUUUAGUGAACAUGGUGUAUGUUUCAUCGAAAACAUUUAUUUUUGUCACCGGUGAUAUCUAAUAAGAUUCGAAGUUUAUGAAAGAUGAUGGAUUUGUUUUAUUAUGGCUUACUAUCUGGUCAGUAUUGCAUACUAUUAAAGUAAUGAUGUUGAUAGUUUAGCUCUGAUACAAGAACAUAUGUGUGUAAUGAAUACGAACGUGAGUGUACCGGUGAUCUAAACGGUAGAGCCAGAACCUGAAGUGGCUUCAUAGAAAAUGAUAAUUUUAAGUAGCGAUAGAGCCAGAACCUGAAGUGGCUUAUGUAAACCCAAUAGGAACAAAGCUAGAUGAAUGACUUGUGACAAUUGUUUGAAAGAGAUGAAUUAGACGACAUCAUUUUAAAUCAGAUGCAGAAAUCCCAGAGAGAAAAUAUUUAUAUUCAUUGUGUAAGUUCAAACGAAACACAUGACAACGUGUUUUAAGUUACUUUAUAAUGUAAUAUUUAGUUCAGAACAUUUCCCAGCUAAGAAGAACAUUGGAACCAUUAUUCUAAUAUUUAAGAAAUGGGAUGUAAAUGUAGCUAAUAAUGUUGGAGGUAUUCAGUAGUCACAUGUCUCAGAAAAAAAGCCAACGCCAUUCAAAUAAGAGAUUGGUUAAUGUUGAUAAAUCACAUACUUUUAUUACCGAUGGUCAGUUUGGAUUUAUUUUUUGUUUCGGUCGUUAUUAGAUAUAUCGGUAAACGUAACAGUCUUUAUUGUUCUUUAAUUAUUAUAAAAGUGCAUUGACUGGUUAGACGUCAAACUAUUUUGUGUUAAAUGAUUAAGGAAGGAAAAUAUGUAGCAAGCAUCCAUGCAAAUGUUAAAGUUGUUAAAUUCAAAUAUGUUACCGAUUUUUAUCUAAUAUGAUUGUGGUUUGUUUCAAGGGGAAAUAUUUUCUCCCUUUUUGUGUGUACAUUAUUUCUUAAUGAUUUAUUGUUUCAAACAGAUUGUCUUUCACUAAGAAUUAAGACCAAAUUUUACUUGCGUGAAUGUACGACAUUAUUAUGCUAACAGAAACACCAGAAAUGGUAGAUUCCCUGGCAGAAUGCUGUCGGAAACGGACAGCUAUCUUUAGAAAUAGUUGUUAAAUAUUAGCGAAUGAGAAGUGGUUCGAUUACAGCGGUGUAACUGAAAUAGUUUUACUACCUUUAACUUUUGAGGGAUAUUUAACAAAAAUUACAAGAAAAACAAGGUCGGAAAGUACUAUUGUCCAUACUUAUGUAUGUAAAAACAAUUCAUUUUAUACCGAAUCUCGUCUCACUGUGUAUGGCAUGUUUGUGAAUAACAUUUUAAUCUAAAUGUAUAUUUUUUUUCAUAUACUGAAUUUUUGAAGUGAUAUAUAUAAUCAACGCUUUCUGCUUUUCCAUGUGUUACUUUGGAAGAUUUGAUUAGAAAUAUUCAGAAAAUUUGUACAAGAUCGAGUACUGAUUACAAUUAGAGCGUUAUGAAAAAUGUUCACUUGAAGCAUGCAUGGUUUGUGAUGUUCAAUGUGUUUGAGACUGAUUCUGUAGUUUUGUUAAUCGUUCUAGUAAUUCAUGCAAACAGCAACUAUGUCAUUAGUAUUCCCCCGCCAUAUAGUGUUGCCCAUGUCCGUCCCGCGUCCCGUCCCGUCCCGUCCUGUCGCGUCCCGUCCCAUUCAUGAGCGGGGGCAUUUAUGUCUUACAAACAUUUUCUAGGUUUUUUUCAACAAGAAUUUAUCAAGAAAUCCAUUCUUCAACAGGACUAGCAUAUUAGUAACUGUAAAGGUGCACAAAGAAAGAAAGAAAUGUAUUGUAUGUAAUAAAAGUGAAGCGGGUCCGGUAGGAAUACCAAUCAAGACAUCCGCUCUAAUAUUAAACAAUAUUAUUUAAGAAGGCCUAGUUGUGUUCCAUUCAUUCAAUUAUUAGAAGUCAAAAAUACAUUAAAGCAUGCUUUUAAUAUUAGCAAGUAAAAGUAGAAAGAUUUUUGUAGCAGGUCACGACUAGAGCAGCGUAUAGAUAGCGUGUCAGCUUAUUGUAUAUACAAUCCUGCCUUUGGGAAUAGGGGAGAGAUCGUUUUAUGUUCUCAUGUAUGGUGUUUAAUAGAAUGUUUGAUGUUAAAAUUAGCUAGUAUUGGAGUUUUUGUUCUUUUUGUCUAACUUGUCAUUGUGCUUUUACUAACCAUAAGUUGCAAAUAAAGACACAUAACAAAAUGAUAGUUUCACGGGUGAUUAAUGAGUGUGCUGUGUAAACUUGUAGAAAAUGUAUCUUAGUUCGAAAGUUUAAUAAUAAAACAGUUUACUUUUUGGCUGAUGAUUUGGGAAAGCGCAACGUUUGUUCGCAUGCCAAUGUCUAUAGUAUGCUUAAAUAUCUUAUUAUGACCGCCUGUUAUGUGUAAUUGGGGCGUAUUGUAAAAACAAUAUGCAUAAUUAGCAAUAUCGCAAAUGCUUAAAAACCAUAUCAUAGACAAGUAUAAAAUGAAAUACUAUAUAUAUGAACAUAGCUAUGCUCUAGUUACAAGCUUCCGUGCCUAGCUUUGUUAGACCCCAUUUUGCAUCAAUCGUGCCUUAAUGUAUGAAAGUUGCAGUGAUCACAUUGUGAAAGGUAUAGUAUAACCUUAUGGUAGUAACUACUGCUAUCAGGGAUUCGUCAGGCGCCCUUUAUGGAAUACACCAGUGGGAUUCUAUGUCCCCUCGUAUAAAAAAAAAUGUAUUUUUUUGUGUGUGUUAAACUGUCGCUUUCACCGACAGAGCUAUGAGGUCGACGGUUCGACUGCUACAGUUCUCCUGUUGCACCAUUUGUGCCUGCCUGAUUGUCACAAAACAAUAACUCAACAAUUUCAUAAAUUAAAACGGCACGACCACGUCGCGUACUGAGUUUAUUACAAAACAAACAAACAAACAAACAAAACCCAUUGCAUCCUCAAUAUACAUACUUAAUUCAAAUCCUGUCAAAUUCAAUGUACAUCAACAUCAAUAGCGUUACUUAGCUAUACUUAUCAUAAUCGCGUAUCAGUUUCGUUAAAGUGAUACAAAGAGGAAAUAUCCUCAAAAAUUUAGAAAAUAUGUGUGAACGUGUCGACGUGGUCGCUCUGAAUGGCCACCUUACACCUUACACACCCACACAUGCGACGCAAACACGGACUCUGCAGGCUGCCUCAUGCGGCACGCAUACGACAGGAAAUAACGAUUUCAGUCUAAUUCGUACCUCAAACGAAUGAAAUUAGAUUUAUAUCAUAUCAAAGCAGCACGCGUUGUCUCCCUUGUUACACAACUUAUCGCAAUUGUUGUUUACUCAACAAAAAACGUGAUAGACGAGCAGGGUAUCAUUUCAAUAUUUUGUUUGUAUGUUAUAAGAUGGGGAGAGUUUCAAAACGUGGUGGAUUAGUUCGUUUUGUUGUUUACGUAUCGUUUCGAGGAAGAUGGCUUUGCGGUGCGUGUCUUGAAUACAAUUAUCUUUGUGCUUUUGCAUAAUAGUUGUUUUGGGAAGAUAUGCAGUUGGAUUUUGGGUUGUGAGAAAUAAUAUGUGUUUGUGUGUAUUGGUCACGUAGAUAUGUCUGUCAGUGAGGUUAUGACCGUGUAAAGAGAAAGGGAUGUUCGUAUUGCUGUGUACAGUAUGUAUUUUAGGUUUCGACUUUGUAGGUUUGGGGUCUAAAGGGAUGAGCUUGUUUUCAAUUUUUCGAUUUGAUUAUUACUCAAUUAGUGUAGAGUAGGUCUCUGACUGAAGUGCAGCCUUGUGUACCCGUUCGUAAUACUUUUAUCUGCGUUUCAGAAAGUAGUUAUAUAUUUGCGUAUGGUGUAAUGUUGGUGAUAUGUCCCGUGGUAUGUUGCGUUUUUUAGUUUGACUUAGGUAUUUGUAAACCUAAGUUCACAUUUCCCAAAUUAUGGUUGUGGAGUGUGUGAUGUGUUUGUGUACUUUUCGGAAAACAUUGCAAUUUUAGCACCUCGGAAUUCCUGAAAAUUCCCUACUUGGAGUAGCUAAUAAAUUACUGGAACAACGUAAGAAACUAGUCCCUUACUCAAAUGCUGUAGUUUGUUUAUAUACGAGUUCCUUCCCUUAGAUUGUGUGAUAAUCGAGACAUUCUCCGUAGAGAGCACAGGUCCAAUCAAUAGUAAAAAUUUACUUAAGGACGCUAAGGUCCGUGGCUUGGAAUUGUUUAUUGAAAAUUGGAAAAGGGAACUUAACCGUCCCGGAGCCAAAAAUUGUAUUUCUGGAGUUAACAAACUACGUACGUAUAGAUUAUUUAAGUUUAAUUAUGAGGUAGAAAAUUAUAAUAUGUUAGUAAUGCCUAAAUCACAUCGUAGUGCGAGUAGCUAAGUUUAGGUGUGGGGUUGCACCGAUACGCAUCGAAACAGACCGGUAUGAGAGAAUACCUUUGAGUAAAAGAAAGUGUUUCGCGUGGUAGAAACAGAGAAUCACGUUUUAAUAGAAUGUAACUUGUAUGAUGAUCUCCAAUCGGGUCUAUUGCAGGAGGCUAGUAAAAUCACAAGUGAUUUUUACAAUAUGAGUAAAGAUGAAACGUUAGUUAUAAUUCUAAGCAACCCUUACUUGGCGAGGCCCUGUGCCAAAACCUGUGUUAAUAUUCUUAACCGAUGUCGCAACUUAAUCUAUAAUUAAGCAGUAAUGUGUCUUUUAAUGUCAAUUAUUUUUAUAGUUUUAUAUUGGCAUUUUUUUUUAAAUUCAUAACUGUGUGCAUUUAUGUUAUACUUUUACAGUCUAGAAUGAUAGGGGAAGAGUCAGUGUCUCGUAAGUCUAAUAUAGACUGGAUGUAAGGGUGGGUGAGUAGACAUAUUUUAGAGAUUGUAAUACUUGUACCUUUUACAUGUGACACUAUAAUAAACUAAUUUGAAUCACUGCACUUGUCAAGCCUUCGGC